CUUAGAGUUACUUCCCCUUGCAAAACAUCACAAUGGCGGAAGUUCAGUCUCCCAUUACCUCACCAUCGAGCGACACACCAUUAGAUACACGGACGCGGGACGCUAUCGCAAACGGACUGGUAGAUCUUCUGAAGCCUGCAGUGGAGGAGAUUGACGAGAGGGUGUCGUGUGUCAGAGAUGGUCAAGUGGAGCUGAGGCAGCAGAUAGACUGUCUGGCAGAAGAACUGAGGAAGAUAACAGAAUGUGAGCAGAAUCCUGUUGACCUUGAACCCUACGUGAAGAAACUAAACACGUCUAGGCGCCGAGUGACACUCGUCAAUAACAUCCUGCAAAAUGUCCAGGAGCGACUGAACAAGCUACACAAUAGUGUUUCCAAGGAAACAGCCCGGAGAAAGUCCAUGCUUGACCCAGUUACUCCCGUGCCACCAAAUUGAACACCUGUACAUGUCAAAGCGACCUUCAAUAACUUAUGAACAAUAUAUGCAGUGAGAUUAUUGCAUUUCUGCAGAAGGUGUGAGAUCAGGGGGCCUGUUUUCAAUGAUGAAAAAACAUGUCUGAAAAAUUUGGAUUUUAUGCAUGAAAAGUGAAAAUAUGCUUCUUACAUUUUGAUGAAAAGUGAAAUUUAAUUUUUAUCUGUGAGUUCUGAUAAUGUUAAGGGUGUACAGUACUUGGUGUUUGGUGUGAAGUAUUUGUUGUACAUUCAACAAUUCAGCAACUACUAGCGCCCUCUUGUUGAUUCAUUAGGUACCACCUUCCUGUUCCGCAAAGUAGUUUCAGUACUACAACGCUUGUAUGUCAAGUUUAAGGUAUGGGAGCUCAGUCUAUGUUAAAGUAUGGGAGUGAAAUCGUCUAAGGACAAUGACUGUUGUAAGAUGAUGUUAAAGUAUGGGAGUGAUUAUUGUCUUGGCACUACGACUGGUGUAAGACAGUUUGAGUGUUACGAUAGUCUUAACUCUACCAGGAGUAGGGAGUGAACAGUGUUUAUGCCUGGUGGAGAUCUGUAUGUGCCACCACAUCCUUGUUUCAUUAGGACAAUGAUUCCACAUAAAAACAUUGCAAUCUCUAAGUAACUCCAAGACUCCAAGAGCCAGUAGAACACUGGAAUCCAAUUCCACUCAACAUUCCAUAUUUUAUGUAGUCUUUGCUUUUGAAUACAUCCCAGCAGAUCUCAUGGCUGUCUUGUCAAUCAGAUCUAUCAUGUGAAAUAAAUUGAGGAGCAACUACAGAAGUCUUGUCAUGCAUCAAACAACAUCUGACAAUCUGACAGACAUGAUAGACAAGCUGAUUAAUUUGUAAAUACAAACAGUCACUGUACAAAUAUUAAACUUGGAUACACACAAAGUUAUGAAAUGUACAAAAUGUUCAUUAAGAAUACUUAUUACUCUACAUUUGUAUAAAUGAUGUAUUAAAAUAUGUGGAUGAAAUUGUCAA